AUGGCAUCUACUUCGUCUGCAAAACCAACCGUUGACAAUCUCAGGGGGUUGCAGUUCAACCUCACCAUCUCCGAUGAGUGGUUUUCACUCACAACAGAUGCCAAGAUUGCGGCAUGCGUGGAAAUUCGAGAACGUGCUCUGAUCGGAAUAGGUGAACUUAACGUCUAUGAUCCUGAAACCCCCUGUCUACGCCUUGGGGGUAGGAAUGCUCGACCUAUUCACACCCCAUCCGCAAAGCGGAUAGGCCUGGAUGUGUAUCAACACUCAGGUCCUCGCCGUCUCACAACUGAGAUGGCUCUCAACCUCGUCAUUCGCCCAUCAUGGGUUGCAAACGAAACCUGGCCUCGCCAGAUCACCCAUUCUAAUUACGAAUCACUCCCACACAUCAAGUUCAAUGACCUUGGUGAGAAGGCCGCCAACGCAGGCCAAGUCCAUGUGAUCAAUGGACAACACAGAAUUCAAGGAUUGCGCUAUGCAUAUGGCAUGGCAAAAGCUGAAUUAGAGCGCCUUCGUGAAAUAAUCGAGGCACAGGAGGAAGGGAAACAAUCAGAUGAUGACAAGGCUGCCUAUGAUUCCGAACUGGAAAAGUUGGAAAAGUUGAAGACAUGGCCUUGCAACAUCUGGAAUUUAGAUGUUAUCGAGGGAGAUGGCAAGGGUACCUUGCUCAUCGAUUUACUCUCCCAGAACAAGGACACCGUCGAGGUUGCAACAACGGAGGAGGAUCGGUUGGCACCAAUUUAUCAACAACUUUUGGGGUUAGAGAUGAAAGAAGGGUGGCGUCCACGCUUAUGGCGCGCAACCCCCUUGCCCAGUGACAUCGGAAUGUCACAUCACCGAAAACCUACUGAACUCAUGUUACAGAUCCACGCAAACAAGGCAAAGGUUGACAGGAUCUCAAGGGAUCCCCGAACAACCCGUGGAAUGAUGGAGAUGACCAGGAUGGGCAAGUAUUACCGCGACUGGAGUGGUUUCAACAUCAACCACCUGUCACUCAACACAAUCAAGGCAACAUCUUCCUACCUGUGGACAUAUAUCCAGGCCCAGAAUGAACUUCUGGGCCUUAUCUUUUCGCCAUCCGAAUUGGAUGCCGAAUUCCCGUAUGAGGAGUUUUUCACUUUGAUAGUGAAACUUGGCCGAGCGAAGACUGCUACCAGCCGGGACGGGCUCAUGGCAAGGGCUGACGAACUCAUAGCAGAAUUCAAAGCGAUGUUCAUCGAUCAGCAAGAAGCACUGCCUGACCUCGAACACUUCUACACGAUGGAGUUUUGGACAUUGGUUGAAAAGGCGGAACUCGAAGCUGGGCUUGUCACACUUGGUAAAGGGAAGAAGAAGCGGGAAAAGGUAUAUCCCGACGAUGUCUUUCAGGUCUUUACCCUGAUACAGAAGGAGCGCUACAUGACAUAUGUGGCCAAAAUCCGUGAAGCGAUUCAGCAUGUCAUCUCUCGUGUUGAGGCACUGUUGGUGCCUCACGUCAAGAUCUCUGCCCUCAAACGAUUCGACCUCCUUUUCUCUGGACAUCUCCAUGACAUCCAUCCCAUCCUCAUGACCACUGGACUCGUCUCAAAAUUUGAGGACUUGAGUGAAAAGUACAGUGAUUGCUUUCGUGAGAUUCAUGCAUGGGUCGACCCCAUUUCAAUUUACCUUCUUGAAUGGCCCAAGGACUAUCCCGCUGAUCGCUCAUACCUGCUCUUUGACUCAUUCUCCCGAGACAAGCUCCUCAAACGUCAUUGGAAUGUUGAACUUCUUUUCACUUUCGAUGUCAUGUCUGACCUUGUGCCACAUUUUGCCAACUGGAUGAUUGAAAUGGAGACUGAUCCAAAAUUCAUCCAUAUUCCACAACGCGAGACUGCAAAGCUGCCAAGGGGCUUCUUCGAAAAGGUUGGCAUUUAUGCUGAAGCCAAAGGGAAAGGCAAAGCCAAGGCCUCGGAAGCGAACCCACCCUAUCCUCCUCGUCCCUCCAAUCACAACAAUGGAAUCUUUGCAUCAGGUCCCCUUGCACUCACUUGGGAACUUGAAUGUGAUAACUUUAAACUUUGCCACGACGUUUUUCACACCUGGAACUCGGCAACUGAGAUUUCCUUACGCCGGGAAUCUCGGAGUUCAAAGCAAAAUGUCCAUCGUGCCAUGUCUGUGUACCCUCUCAUCUCUAUCAGCGAGGGCACAGGGAGCAACGUGAAUCGUUUAUCCUCCAAGUGGAAGAUCGCAAUGUUGCUCUACAUGAUCCACGAUGCCCGGUGCCAUAAACCUUUGAUCCAGACAAAAGGGAUAACGGCAUUGCUUUACACCACCCUCGCUGACAGGAUCAGCAACUUUGGGAUUGAUCCUCAAAGGUUUGACUUUGUCAUCGGUCAUGCGAAGGCUGCAAGGAGUCAGGGGUCAAAAUACCUGGAAAACCCUUCUGCAUUUGUUCGAAACCUUCAGGGUCUCCCAGAAGAAUCUGAGGACGAACCAGAUGAAAGUGACACUCCCCUCUCCCACUACAAGCUGGCACGAAAACAACACCAGGCCAGUAUCCUUUCCAUGCGCAAAGCAUUCCAGAACCUGCCGUGGAUUCACUACCGCAACAAUAUCACAAAUGACAUCGACGAUGACCUCAUUGAGGCAUGGAAUGACUUCGAAAGUGCCCUUCAUCGAUUCAGCAUCGUCCAUGCAGUGAAUUCCGUCCUUAGUGACGAACAGAAAUUUGGGGAUCGGCAGAAGGUGACCAUCUACGAUGAGGAUCUUUCAUCUGGACAAUGGAUCCCUUCGUCUGGCCGGUCGCUCAGGCCUCGCUUUUACAAGGGCUCAGCACAUUUAUUUUCCAUAUAUUAUUAUUAUUUAGACCCGAGCCGACAAGGCAAGGCCCCCCCAGCCUUCUUGAAGGGCCACAGAGACUUCGCCUAUAUCUUUGAUUCCGCUGGGGAGGAGGAUAAUAAGUCUUAUGAUAGCGUCACCUCCUCCGAUGCAUCAUCUGAUAAAUCCUAUGCACCAAAACGCCGGAAGAAGAGCAAACGUCAAGAGGACACCGAGAUGGCAGGAGGGGAUGAAUCACCACAUGAUGGUGCAGCAGAUGAACCAGAACCACCCCAAACCCCCCCAUCGGGCAAGCAAGCUAUGUCUAGCAAACGGUCUCGCCAACCCGCAUCGACAUCAAACUCGCCUUCAUCCCAGCUGGCAGUGAAACGGGGCCGAAUCACCGAGCCCCAAACUGAUUCAAAUCCGCCGCGUCAAAGUUCUCGUCUGAAGGCAGCAACAUCAGAAACAGUGGAUGCUCAGCGAACAGGUCGUUCAGCAAGGUCAAAGUCACGCAAAGGUCCCAAAGGGGACAGCGAUGAACUUGUUGCCAACACAGGCGGCUUGAAAAAGCUCGGUUAUUGA